UUCUCCCGUGGGCUCCUCUGCAUUCUGGAUAAGGCUCGGUGCGGUGCGUGUGGCGGUGUUGCCUGGUGUUGCGUUGUGUGUAGCGGUCGUGCGGGGGGCCCUGCCAUUCGGAUUGGGUGCUGCCGCCGGUGAUCGCCCGAGAACACUUCUGCUUGAGUUCGAUAUGGCUAGCGUUCGGACACUUACGUAACCAGGGGUGCGUGCAUUCUCAGAAACUCGCCCAGCCCAACGGCAGUGCUUACGCCGCACAGAAACUUCGCCGGCGGAUGCUGCCUCGACUGUUUCGGCAGGCGGCCCGAGGAGAGAGGUGGUAGCGGGCCCCAGGUACAGCCGUCGUCAUGUGGCUGCUUCCAAGGCGGCGUGGCCUUAUUGUCAAGGUCCUAUUGGUCGUGCCGGUCACCUGGCUUGUCAUCACGCUCCUGCUGACCUACACAGACAGGGUCCAGACACCUCAAAAUAGGGUAGCAUUUGAACCGGGGGCUCUCCAGCAGCAGCAGCAGCAGCAACCACAGCAGAAGCAACAGCAGGAUCAACCACACAGGCCUCAGCCACAGGGUGACGAGCCUGCAAAAGGGGGCCAGGACCUUCUGCCUGAGAAACAAGGUGUUGACGAAAGCGAGCACGUAGCACCGCUGGCACGAAAGCGUGCCAAUCGGGAAAAGGCACUCUCCAAGGAGGAACACAAAAAUGAAGUGGACCAUGCUCCAGCGCCUGUCGGAGUGCUGGCUCCACCUCGGAACCCUGACGGCCCCGGCGAAAUGGGUCGACCCGUUGUGCUGAAGGACUUGACCAAGGAACAGGAGGCGAAGGUUAAGCUGGGCUGGGACCGCAAUGCUUUCAACCAGUACAUCAGUGAUAUGAUCUCGCUGCAUCGGUCUCUGCCAGAUGUUCGAGACAGCGAGUGCAAGGAUGAACGCUACCUUAAAGAUCUUCCCUCAACAAGUGUAAUUGUAUGCUUCCACAAUGAGGCCUGGAGCGUGCUCCUGAGGACUGUACACAGCAUCAUUGACCGGUCACCCCCCAAGCUAUUACACGAGAUCAUCUUGGUGGAUGACUAUUCUGACAUGCCUCACCUGAAGCAGAAGCUGGAGGACUAUGUUGCUCAUUUCCCAAAAGUAAAGAUUGUGCGUGCUCAGAAGCGGGAAGGCCUUAUUCGUGCUCGGCUCCUGGGUGCUGCUGCGGCCACAGCUCCCGUGCUUACCUACUUGGACUCUCAUUGCGAGUGCACUGAAGGCUGGCUGGAGCCCCUGUUGGACAGAAUAGCUCGGAACUCUACCACUGUUGUGUGCCCUGUGAUUGAUGUGAUCAGCGACAGCACAUUCGAGUACCACUACAGGGACUCUGGAGGUGUGAAUGUCGGUGGCUUUGACUGGAAUUUGCAGUUCAGUUGGCAUGCAGUUCCUGAGCGAGAGCGUCAACGCAGGAAGCACUCGUGGGAUCCUGUCUGGUCUCCUACGAUGGCCGGAGGUCUGUUCUCUAUAGACAAAGCAUUCUUCGAGAAGUUGGGCACUUACGACAGUGGUUUCGACAUCUGGGGUGGAGAAAAUCUGGAGUUGUCGUUCAAGACAUGGAUGUGUGGGGGAACACUAGAAAUUGUACCAUGCUCACAUGUAGGCCACAUCUUUCGCAAGCGUAGCCCCUACAAGUGGCGUUCAGGUGUCAAUGUGCUACGACGGAACUCUGUGCGUUUGGCAGAAGUCUGGCUGGAUGAGUACAAGCAGUACUACUACCAGCGUAUUGGUGAUGACCUGGGUGACUUUGGAGAUGUGAGUGCCAGGAAGCGACUUAGGGACAACCUCAAGUGUCGCUCAUUUGAUUGGUAUGUGCGCACCAUCUAUCCAGAGCUCUUUGUACCUGGAGAUGCAGUUGCCUCUGGAGAGGUUCGUAACAAGGGACAGGGUGGCAGUAGUUGCCUGGACAGUCCUUCUGGUCGGGACAACAUGCACAAGCCUGUUGGCAUGUACCCAUGCCACGGACAAGGAGGCAACCAGUACUGGAUGCUCAGCAAAGAAGGCGAGAUCCGUAGAGAUGAGGCAUGUCUCGACUAUGCUGGGUCCGAUGUUAUCCUCUACCCAUGCCAUGGAUCCAAGGGUAACCAGCUAUGGAUCUAUGAUGAUGCGAGUGGCACAGUUCAGCAUGGUAGCAGUCGGAAGUGCCUGGAGAUGUCUGAGGACCGCCAGAAAGUGAGCAUGGAGAUCUGCUCUGGGAGCCUCAGGCAAAGCUGGAUCUUCCAGAACUACAACAAGACCAAGGCCAUUAAGAUUUCCAGUAGGGGCCACUAGGUUGCUGUGAACAACCCAGCCGCUGCUGCAAGGGAUUUCUCAUUGCACAGGACCUCAUAAUAUAAGUGAUUGAAGUCAAACAAUACGAGAAAAUGUGGACAAUUUAAAGGUGUGUGCCAGCAGUGGACUGGUGGUGCGGUAAUUGUCGUGAGAGUGCAUCAGCUCAUCGGUCACAUCACCUCGGCCAGACAUCGGAAGGGUGCCCGGCUGCAUUUCUAUUCGUCUGCCUCCUGUUCACUGUGCUGAGUUCAGGAUUUCAGUUGCAGUUGACCCCUGCUUUGAUGUUUUGUUGCUGGACCUGCUGUCCUUUUGACCAAGUUCUUGCAAAAUGGAGGCAAACAUGGAUUCAGGUGACUACCAAGUUCAGAAGGAUGUCUUUUGGUACGUACUACAGGCCUUCAUCCUCUAAGGUUGGCAGAUUGAGCGAAGACUUUGCCGAGCACCCUUACGAAGUGCCAAGAAUCAAAAAUGCUGGAAGUUCGAGGUGCUUCCACACAGAGUGGCUGCAAGUGUUUCGCCAACAGUGCCUCAUCUGUGAAUUUUUUCAUCCGUGUUUUGAUGAGUGCUGACUGUUAUGUUUUCUUUAUUCGAUUGACUUUUCUGUGUCAUUGUUGCUGCUGUUAUUGUUUGCAGGGAUGCCUUUGCAAGCUGCAAAGACUGAAGCACAUUGUUAUUGGCAAGGCAUCCCGCAAAGACUGUGUAACAAAUUUACCACUUCGUUGAAGGUGUAUUUUUGCAAAAACAAAACAAACUAUGAACAGUGUGCUGCCAGCAGCUUAGCUGCACACAAGUGGUCCUCUGAUUUCAGCACACACACACAUACAAAUGAAAAGCACAUGUUUUUGUACCACAUGAGCCACUUGCAAGUCGUGCAACCAGAGUUUAUAACCACGAGUAUAUUUCUUUAAAUCGCUGCACAAAAAUUGCAUGCUUUCGGUCAUCCCAUUAAAAUGGCCAGGAAAUUUAGAGCGUUCAGUCCAUCAGGGUGUUUGGGCAGAUAAUAUUUCUUUGUGUUUUUAUGUGUAGAGUUGUUGAAGUUGUUCCUUUAGGCUUUUUUUUUUUUCCGUCUUGAAGGUGGUGUGGGUUCUGGGAAAUUGCUUUCUUCUACUUUUAAAAAUCGAAAUAUAGCAUCUGCCAUGUUUUAUGUGCUUUGGUUUUUCUCUGUCAUAAUUUGUAGCAUUCCAUCUUUUCUAGUCAGUUUAUGCAUUCCAGUUUUUUCUGUUUUCCUUUUUGGCCCUACAUACAUCUCUGUACAAAGUGGUGGUUUUGAAAGGGAAAUGACUUGCGUGUGCAUGUGUUUAACUUGCACCAUAGGUUUCAGAACUGUGCCUUAUCAAAAGUAAUGUUUGCAACAAAACUUUUUUUUA